CUUGAAUAGAGGAAAUGCGAUGAAAUGGUAUAGAUUGAGAAGAUUUAGGAAUUCAAAAUUAUUUCCACAACAUUAUGCGUUUACAAAAACGUUUAGUGGUGAUUAUAUUCUAGGUUGGAAUUAUAUAACGCCUGAUCAUCUUGUCGACUCCAUUCUUGAGAUGAGUGCAGUAGAGGAAGCUACUCCAAUCGACAAUAAAGCGGCCAAUAGUCAAUCCCAUGGACAUAAACCUUGCAUGGAUUGUCCUGUUGAAAAUGGAAAUCAAACAUUACGUGGAACAGAGAUCAAAUUAUCCACAUCAGAGUCGAUUACAGCAGUUGUUGAAAUUGACAAGACAAAGAAAGCUGAGGAUGAUCCCGAAGAACUACAAAAAGAGAUAGAAAAAAUGAAAGAUCUUUAUACCUGCAAAAUAUGUUUAGACGAAAAAGUAGGUGUAACAUUCCUCCCGUGUGGUCAUUUGGUGACUUGCGCACAGUGCUCACCAAAAUUAAGAAGGUGUCCUCUUUGUAGAACAUUCAUCCGGAGUACAAUUCAAACGAAAAUAUAGCAUCUUAAUGCUUAUGUUUAUACCGAAUAUCUCUACUACAUUAAAAGCCAUUACCACAAAUUGUAUUUCCU